UUCCCAAUUUCUUGUGCUGAUUUAUUACGAAACUUUAUUGAGAAAUCUAGUUCAGCUUUAGAGACUGCGUUGUCCUGCACCUCACUGAUUCAAGAUCCUCACGCUAAACAAGACAAAGUUAUGACGUCCCAAUCAAGCCUUCCUCUUUCAAUUGCUUCUGUGUCCAUUGGGCUUCCGAGACACACAUUGCAUCAAAAGAUUGAAGCAGCAGCGGCCGCUGGCUUCUCGGGCAUGGAACUCGGCUUUCCCGACCUCCUCUCAUACGCGAGGGGCACCUUCGAUAAGGAGAUCAAAGAGGACGACUACACCUCGCUCUGCGAAGCAGGAAAGCAGAUCCGCAGCCUUUUCGAGCGACAUGAUCUCAGAAUCGUCCUUCUUCAGCCCUUUUCCAACUUUGAGGGGUGGCCCAAGGGAAGCAAGGAGCGGGAGGCGGCGUUCGCCAGGGCGCGCGGCUGGAUCGACAUCAUGUCCGCGGUGGGCACGGAUACACUUCAAGUCGGCUCCUCGGAUUCACCAGAUAUUAUGACCUCGUUGCCGGAGAUUGCUGCUGAUAUUGCCGAGCUGGCUGAUAUGCUCGCGGAGCGGGGAUUCCGGCUGGCUUAUGAAAACUGGUGCUGGUCGACACAUGCGCCAACAUGGAAUGAUGUCUGGAAUGUCGUGAAUGCUGUCGACAGACCAAAUGUUGGGCUAUGCCUCGAUACCUUCCAGACUGCUGGCGGCGAGUGGGGUGAUCCAACCACCAAGUCGGGUGUGCUUGAGACUGGCGGCGUGACCGCCGACCAGGUCAACAUGAGCUACGACGUUACCCUUUCCAGGCUGGCAAGAACGGUACCGCCGGACAAGAUCUUCUUUUUGCAGAUCAGCGACGCGUAUCUCAUGGAUCCGCCGCUGGACCCGGACGUGGAUGAGUCUGGAUUGAGACCGAGGGGGCGAUGGAGUCACAGCUCCCGUCCACUGCCCUAUGAUGGCGGGUACCUACCAAUUGCCAGGUGUUUGGAGGCGGUCAUGGCGACCGGUUUCGGAGGCUGGUUGAGUGUCGAAGUUUUUGAUGGGAAUUUUGAGCAAAAGUAUGGCAACAGCCUCCUGACGUUUGCGAAGAAGGCCAAGGCUUCGGUGGAUGGAUUACUCGAGGAAGCAAACGCACUCAAGGAGAGCCGCCCAAGUUUAGAAUAA